AGUAUAAACAAAAUAUAGUUAAUAACAAUGGCAAAAGUAAUUAAUUUAUUGAAUUCAUUGGAUCAAAAUAAUCAACAGUGUGAUAUAUUUAUUAAAAAUAUAUUGACAGUCAAUUCUGAUUUGCCAAUAAAAAAGCAAGAAAUUGACAGCAUUUUAAAUUCAAUAAUAAGUUUAAUAAACACACGUUUAAAUCAAUCAGUAACACGUUCACAAGGUUUUACCCUACUCAUUAACAUUAUACCAAAAUGUUCAAAGGAUAUUUUAAUAAAAUAUGCUUCAUUAUGGAUAACAAAAGUUAUUCAAGUUCUUGAAAAUAGCCAAAGUACUGUUAAAGAUAUAACUCUUGCUUGUCAAACAUUGUCAUUAUUAAUAAUACCAUGUAAAGAAAUUCAAGAAAUACAAAAACAAAUAUCAAUGCAAACAGUCAAGCAAGUAAUUUUAUUAAUAUCAAAUUUAGAAAAAAAAAAUGAAUGUGGUGCUAGUUUACAUUUAAUUGCAACAAUGUUAUAUUAUUACAAAGAACCAACUGAAAAAUUACAAUCAACAAUUAAAAAAAUUAUAUUACCAUUAAUUGAUUCAGAUAAAAAAAAUCUUGUUAAUGCUGGUGCUAAAUGUUAUGCAUUAUUAGCUAGAGCAACUGAUAAAUCAUUUAAACCAGUAUCAAAUAAAAUUAAAUAUAAUUGUUGGGUUUAUAAUCAAGCAUUAAUUAUAAACAGUAUUCAUUUAAUUAUGGAUGAAUUAUUUUCUGGUAUUCUUCAACUUGACAGUGUUGAUAUUUGGGCACAUCUUGAGCUAUCAGAUAUAUCAAAUGACAAUGUCAUUGAUCAUUACAAUGAGCUUGAAAAAAGAUUUGAAAAUCUUUGUAUUUAUUUAGUCACCAUGUUACGUGGAUGUGCUGGAAAAAAUUCAGUCAGUCCAAAUGAUGUCUUGAAACUUUUAUGUCGUGGUCUAGCAAUUAGUCCAGAAAAUUUACAAAAUGAUAGUUCAUUUAAAAAUCAAUUGCUGUUAUUGAGUUUGCCCAAGAUUCAUGUCAACUUAAUGAUGAUUCUUGAUGCAUUUAUUAAUGGUUUUCGUCAUGAGAUUGUUCCUUAUGGUGUUAAAAUUCUCAAGUUAUAUCGUCAAACUCUCAAGUGGACUGAUAAAUUUGAUUCUACUCAAGAAACAAUUAGUGGUAGUAAGCCAUUUAAAAAUGUUAGAAUUGCUGUUUAUAAAAGUUUGUCAUGUUGGUUGACAAAUUUAGGAACACUCUCUGGUAUUGAUAUUAUAGCAGAAGAUAUAUUGCACUUUGUAUUUACUGACUUGAAACCAGAAAAAUAUGAAAUAUCACUUGUUACUCAAAAACAACCAAAUGUAUCAAAAAGAGUAGCAAGACAAUUGCGAAAUAGUGAAUAUGAAAACAGUGCAGCUACUGGUAAAGCACCAACUGAUAAAGAUAUUUUGGCUAAUGCUGAAUUAUCACAAGCAGCUCUUAUUACUUUGCAAAAUAUUUUUAAUAAUUCUGGCUGUUUAUUAAAGCCAAUAAUUUACAAGGCAACUCAACAAUUAAUUUGUCCAAUUCUUGAUGAUGUAUAUACUGGUGUAGAUAAACAUUCUUGUUAUGUUAAAAAUGAAACAUGCAGAUUGAAUUUACUCAAGCUUCUUCAAGUGAUUUUGUUAAAUUCACAUCCACUUUCUUCACCUCCAACUCAGUAUGCUGUAAAAAUAUUCAACAAAGCUCUUAAUGAUAAUUCAUCAAUUAUUGUUGAAGCAGCAAAAUCAGGUCUUGUUGCAUUUGAAAAAAUAAUUCAUCCAAGUGCACCAACACUGAGUCUUCCUUCAGCAGAUACUGAUGAUGACAAUGGUGAAAAAAAUUUAACUAAUAAACGUCCACAACGAGAAACAUUGGAUAGAGUUAGAGAUAUUUUAAAAGGAGUUGAAGAACUUGAAGCUCAAAAUAAAAUGAUUGUUAAUGAUGAAGAGACAACAAUAACAGAAAAACAACAAAUUGAUAUUGAUAAUAAUGAUAAUUCAGAUGGACCAACACCAUGCAAACAACAAAAGCUAAAAAUUGUUGAGACUAUUACAAUUUCAACUCCAGCUGAUGAAUCAAUUGUCGAGACGAGCUUUGAAUCAAUUGAAACUGAAAAAAACGUAUCUAAAAAUGCAGUAGAAGAAACAGUGAACGAUCAACUUACUGAAAGUCUAACUGAAGAUGAGUCAAUGCAUUCAUGUAAAUCAAUUAAUGAAAAUCCUGAAAUUGAUGAAGCUGAACCAGAAGAAUCAUCAAAUGAUGUGGUACACAGUAAUGAAGAUGAAGAAAUGGAGAUGAUGCUGAAAUCAUUUGUUGAUGAAGUUAAAUCAGAUUAAAUAAUUAUUUAUAUUUAAUAAAUAAAUAAUGAAAAAAAAAAAAAAA